CUGACGGCAGGGCUCUCGGCACUCCUGUACCGCCAGAACAUUGCUCAGGGUUUCCAGGAAGGGCUACGCCAGGCCCUGCUCGCCUAUGGAGAGGACGAGGGGAUGGCGAAUGCCCUGGACGCUUUGCAGCAUGCCUUGUCCUGCUGCGGUGUGGAAAGCUACCGUGACUGGCUCACCUCACCCUGGGGGCUGGAGCAAAAUGGCUCCGUGCCCCUCAGCUGCUGCCGGAUCCGCCGGGGUUGCCAGCGCAGCCCACCCAACGCACGCAGGCUGCACCGCGAUGGGUGCUUCAGCAAGGUGUCGGUCUUCGUCAGCAGCAACAUGUUUUAUGUUGCCACAGCUGCCCUGGGGUUGGCACUGCUGCAGCUCAUCGGCAUUGUGCUGGCCUGCCUGAUGGCUGUCCGCAUCCCUGCCCAGCUGCUGGUCAUUGCCACCCCUCGCUGA